UUGGCCUUGGGGGCUUCUAUAUAAACUGACUUUGACUUCGAAACAUCAUGGUCUCAUUCUGCCUCACAGACACAUCAUCAUGAAGUGCUUUAUCGCUGUUGCUCUGCUAGUCGCCGCCGUCGCCGCCACCCCCGCCGUACCUCUGGACACCCCUGAGGUGGCUGCCGCUAAAGCUGCGCACUUUGCUGAGUACAACAAGGCAGCUGCUGCCGCUGGAGCCCCUGGAUACGCUUACCCCUACGCUGCCUACCCCUACAGCUAUGGCUACCCUUACAGCUACGCCGCCUACCCCUACAGCACCUACGCCGCCCCAGUCGUGACUCCUCAGGGCUACCUGGCUGACACCCCCGAGGUCGCCGCCGCUAAGGCCGUCCACUUCGCUGAGCACGCUAAGGCCGCCUCCGCCACCGGUGCCUACCCCUACUACGGCUACCCCUACGCAUACAGUGGCUACCCCUACGCCUACAGCGGCUACCCAUAUGCCGCCCCAGUGGUUACCCCCAGUGGAUACCUUGCUGACACCCCUGAGGUCGCUGCCGCUAAGGCCGCGCACUUCGCCGAGGUCGCCAAGGCCAAGGCCCUCAUAGUUCUUACACUCGCAGUAGCGGUCCAGGCCCAGAGCUUCAUCCCCCAAGACACCCCAGCUGUCGCCACCGCCAAAGCCGCCCACUACGCUGAGUAUGCUAAAGCAGCCGCCCGUGUAGGAGCUCCUCUCCCAGAAGUGUACAGGACUGUCGUCUACAUCCCUCCCUCCUUCGCCCCCGCCCCCGUCGUCACUCCUGAGGGCUUCAUAACCGACACCCCAGAGGUCGCCGCCGCUAAGGCCGCCCAUCUAGCUGAGGUCGCUAGAGCCACGGCCGCCGCCCCCGCCGCUGCCCCCGCUGCUUACCCGUAUGCAGAGUAUUACCGUGCCUACUACAACUACUACUACCCCAGUCUCACACGCUCCAUCUACUCAGGUCACCAGGCCGUGCCUACCGUGCUGCCUAGUGGAUACCUCGCUGACACCCCCGAGGUGGCUCACGCCAAGAUCACCCACCUCUACAAGCUCUACCAGGAGUCCGCACGUCUUUGAUUUGUUUGUAUAUAU